AUGGCAACGAAAUUGGUACCUUCUUCCAAUAUUGGACACCCGAUUGCGUCGAUCGAUGAACCAAUAUCUAAUGGUGCUAAAUCUAUAUUGUCGGAGUUACGUCGACUAGCAACAUUUCGAACAUGGAAAGGAGACAAUCGCUCAGUAUUUUCGAAAGGACUUCUUGCAAAAACUGGACUCUAUUAUAUAGAGACAUCAGAUAAAAUGAAAUGUGAAGGAUGUGACUUCGAGUACGAAUUAUCUUCAUCAAAUAUGAAUCCAAUUGAUGAACAUAGGAAACGAAGUCCGAAGUGUCUAUUUGUUUUAGAUCAAAAUAAAUUCUUAUCCAAAAAUGGUAUUUUUUUUAAUGAAUUUAUUACAAUUGAAUAUUCUUUCCUUAUAUAUUUAGAUCGACAAACAACAUGUUUAAUAUCAAAUAGUCUACAAACGAAUGUUUCCGAUUACAAUCGUCAACAACAAACCAAUCGUAAUGAAAAUGAUGAGGAGGACAGUUCAAAUACACAAACAUUAUUUCUUAAUUCAAUCACACAUGAAACAGUCGAUCAAAUACGGACUAAUACAUUUUCGAACUGGCCGUUAAUUACACCUACAGCACCAGAUAUGAUUAUUGCAGGAUGGGCAUAUACUAAUAUUGCAGAUCGUGUUAUAUGCAUUUAUUGCAAAGCACUCUUUCAUAAAUGGGAAAAAACUGAUCGACCAUAUGAAAUACAUCGAUUAAAGUCUCCUAAAUGUCCGUUUGUAUUAUUAAUGGAAAAAAAAUCGCCGAGUUCAUCUACCACAAAGAUAACGAUUACGACUGAGCCCAAUACACAAGCAGCUGCGGAAGCAGUAAAUAAUACUUAUUCAUUAGCAUAUCGUAGAUAUGAAACAUUUCAAAACUGGCCUCAUACAAAAGAAAACCCAUUACCCUCUGUUGACUCAUUUGUUGAUGCUGGUUUCUUUUAUACAGGCGAGAAGGCCAUCGUAAAAUGUUUUUAUUGUAAUGGUGCUCUGCGUAAUUGGCAGAGCAGUGACGAUCCAAAAGUCGAACAUUGUCGAUGGUAUCCUCAGUGUGCUUAUAUUCGACAAUACAUUGGAGAAGAUCUUUAUCAAGCUAUACAAAGAAAAAAUCAUGAGUUGAAAAGUCAGCAAAACUAUAAUAGCGAUCCAAACGAUCAACGAUCAAAAGCCGCUCCAUGGACAGAUAAUGAAAUCGAUAGAAUGGUUAAGGCUCGUCUCGAUUUACCUGUAGUGGAAACACUUCGAAAAAUGGGUUUCACUAUGGCAGUUAUUCGCAAAGCGUUCGAAAUUCAACUCAAGUACAAACAUGACGACUUUAAAAGUGACAAUGAUCUUCGAGUGGCUUGUCUGAUGCUUCAUCAACAGGUGAUAUCAAUCAAUGGGAACGAAAGUAAUCUACUUGUUCCUCAAGAUUGGAUGAAAAAAUAUCUCGAAGAUCAAGAACAAAAUAUGGAACAAUCCGAACUGCAACAACCACAAACUUCAGGACAACAAAUUGAAAAUAUCGAAACUCCGAAAGUUUUGGCACCAGUUGUAACACGACCGAAAAUAACACAGCAAACAGGUAUGAUUAUUAAAAGGAAGUUCUUCUAUCUAUCUAUUUUUUUUUAA